AUGACAGUGGUAGGCUUGGUUCCUAUUAUAGUGGGCUUAAGUGGUAUAUUAAUGGGUCCGGAAAAUGUAAUUGAACUUAGACAUGGUGAGACAUAUCCAAACAGAGUUGAUAAUAACUACCGUUAUCUAUCUGGACUACUACUAGGUAUCGGACUCAUUUUUUGGAGUCUCAUACCAGACAUAAGGGAAGCUGGAACAACCGUUCGAAUAUUAACAUUUUUGGUAAUUGUGGGUGGAUUAGGCAGACUGAUAGGAUUGGGAAAAACGGGAAUGAUACCAGAUACGUUUAUGUUAUUCGGAUUAUUCAUGGAGUUAGGUGUUACGCCCACAAUAUGCUAUUGGCAGUCAAAAAUAGUUUCACGAAGAAAUGCUUAA